GGCGGCCCGAGGUGAGGUCACGUGACAACGCUCUUCCUGUUUGGCUGGUGUGACGUUUCCGGUGUGGGCUCAGUAGUUGGGGUCCUGCGAUAUUGAAGCAUUAACCAGUGUUAAAAUCGAGAUGAUGUCUACAAAACAAAAGACAUCACGUAGCAAAGAUGAUGCUCCCCAUGAAUUAGAAAGCCAUUUCAUUUUAAGGCUUCCUCAGGAAUAUGCAUCAACGGUGAGAAGGAUGGUGCAGUCUGGCAAUGUCAAUGCAAAAGACAGGCUCUCAGUUGAGUUACAUCCGGAUGGCCGUCAUGGGAUUGUGCGUGUUGAUAGAGUCCCACUUGCUGCAAAGCUAGUCGAUGUUCCAUGUAUAUUAGAAUGUUUGAAAACCAUUGACAAGAAGACUUUCUACAAGACUUCUGACAUCUGCCAGAUGUUAGUUUGUUCCCUUGAUGGUGACCUUUACCCUCCUCUAGAGGAACCAACUGGAGCAAGUGACCCAAAGACCAGCAAAAAAAAGGACAGGGACAGGGAAAAGAAAUUUAUUUGGAAUCAUGGCAUAACCCUACCUCUAAAGAAUGUGCGCAAAAGGCGCUUCAGGAAAACUGCCAAAAAAAAGUACAUCGAGUCUCCAGAUGUGGAGAAAGAAGUGAAACGUCUUUUGAGCACAGAUGCAGAGGCAGUCAGUGUCCGAUGGGAGGUGAUCGCUGAAGAUGAGUCCAAAGAAAAUGAAAAUCUGACUGGCCUAGAUGGUUCUCCUGGAAUGUCUGGAAUGAAACAAGGGCGUGGGUCUUUAGUGGAACGAGAUGAACUUCGUGAGAUCUUUAAUGACAUUAGUAGCAGCAGUGAUGGAGAGGAAGAGGAAAGAGAACGGCAAGAAGAGGAAGACCUGAACAUUAUGGAAACUGAAGAUGAGCAGAGAGGGCGUUCAAAUGGCCAGGAUGGGGGUACCAAUCAGAUAGUUCUAGAAUUACAGAAACAGGUUGAAAAUUUACAGAAGAAACUGCGGGAGACUCAAGAAAGAAGGAAACGUCAGGAAGAGCUCAUUAUGAAGGUGGAGAAUGUUGCUCUUAAGACACGUCUACAAGCAGUGCUUGAUGAAUUCAGGCAGCAGGAAGACCGUGAGAAACAACAGGUGACAUCAUUGCAGGAGCAGCUUGAAGCUCUGAUAGAGAAAUGAGGAAGAAACUGAAUGUAAUAACCUUCAAGCAGAUGGGUUGGAAGAUGAUGAUCGAGUUAGCGCCAGAUUCCUAAUAAAGACUAGAUGGGCCCGAUGAAUGUUUUUAUCACAAUGACAACAAACGUACUGUUUUAAUGUAAUUGUGCAGUGUUCAGGAACUCACGAUAUCCAAUAUAUAUUUUGUAGUGAGCUACACAGUAAAAAAAAAAAAAAGGGGGGGACCAAAAAAAUUCGGACACUGGGCAGAUAAUUGUGAUUGGUGCAAUUUAGUUUUUGCCAUUGGGUCAUGAUAGUCCUGUGACUUCACCGCCAAUCGAAAAUGCAUUUUCAAGGCACAAAUACAUUUUUUAAACAUUCAUUGAAGGUAGAAUUCUGGAAAUUAUGUAUAGAUGACUACACAGCAGAAUAUGUUCAAAGUACAUUUAGAAUCCAUAGUUUAACAAUAAAUUCACUCAUUUUAUUUACUGGGAAAAUGUGGCCAUUUUUGGUUGAAAGAUGAAAAUAGACUUUUUGAUUAUCUUUGAUAAAGUUUUCGAUAUUUCACUUAGUAAUGUUUUCUUUUUCAGCGUUUUCUGACAAACACUGCUGCGUCGGUAAACAAUCACGUACGUUAACCAUCCCAUCCACUUACAAUAGCUGUCUACAUUUACAGUGAAUUUUUUAUAUCAUAAUGUGUUUCGGUCCAAAA